CAACUCUAAUUAAUUAGUUCAUUGCAUUUGCAUUGCUUCAUUUUUCUAACAAUGGGUGCUGCACCAUCAACUUCAAUAGCUGAAGCUAAAAUUUCAGCCAUUUUCAUUUAUCCAAUUAAGUCUUGCCGUGGAAUUUCUCUUUCUCAUUCUCCUCUCACUCCUUCUGGACUUCGAUGGGAUCGCCAGUGGGUGGUUGUGAAUUCAAAAGGAAGAGCAUGCACUCAAAGAGUUGAACCAAAACUUGCUUUGGUUGAGGUUGAACUUCCACCUGAAGCUUUUGAUGAACACUGGGAACCUACCACUGAUUCCUUUAUGGUGUUGAAAGCACCUGGAAUGGAACCUCUCAAAGUUUUUUUAAACAAACAGUAUGAAGUAGCAGAUGAUAUUACAGUGUGGGAAUGGACUGGCUCUGCUUGGGACGAGGGAGCCGAAGCAGCUCAAUGGUUCUCAGAUUAUUUAGGAAAUCCUACAAAACUGGUUCGCUUCAAUACUGCUUCUGAAGUAAGAAAAGUAGAUCCUGACUAUGUUGAGGGACAGCAGCAGACCUUUUUCACCGAUGGUUAUCCAUUCUUACUCGUAUCUCAGGAAUCAUUGGAUGCACUAAACGCGCAUCUAGAGGAACCGAUACCUAUGAAUCGUUUCAGACCCAAUAUCCUUGUUGAAGGUUGUGAACCAUACUCUGAAGACCUGUGGAGAGAUAUAAAGAUAAGCAGGUUUUCAUUUCAGGGUGUCAAGCUGUGUGCCCGCUGUAAGGUACCAACAAUCAAUCAAGAGACAGCGGUUGGUGGAUCUGAACCAACUGAAACUCUGAUGAAAGUUAGGUCUGGCAAAGUUUUACGACCAAAUAGCGAUAAAAACAAAAACAAGGUCUACUUUGGUCAGAAUUUAGUGUGGAACUGGAGUGAUUCUUCUGCUAAAGGGGAUGGAAAAGUCCUUAAACUGGGAGAUCCUGUUUGUGUUAUCAAAAAACUCUCUUCUCCUGCAGAAGCAGCUGCUUAAAAGGCUGCAGUGACAUAAACUUUAUCAAACUCUUUUUUUGACUCAACUUUAUCAAACAUGAAUAUCAGUAGCUAUGAUGAAAUUAAGUGAUUAUUACAUGGUUGCAAUGCAUUUAUUAUGUCCUGUAUCCAAAUAAUCACAUGACAAUAAGAAUUCUGCAAAAAAUAAAAAAA